GAGUCGCUCUGUGGGUUGAUGUAUCGGUGCUCUAUGUUGGGUCCUGUCUCUCCAUGGCGAUGGAGGCUCUCGAUCUGUUCCGGGCGCUGGGCGCGGGGGCCCGCUUUGAUUGGAAACGCUUCGGGAAGGACGCCGAGAGGCUGCGGGUAAUGAAUUCAAGCAGCACCAUCUUGAGUGAAAAUGUUCCUGACCUUGACUUUUUUAACAGUCACCAUGCUAAAAACUGCAAAGCAGUGGUCAGUGUGUUGAAAAGCAAUGGGGAGGAAAAAGAGUCUACAGCAGACUGCAAGGACGACAUGUGUGUAUCCCCAGGAAAAAGAAAAUUGGAGAUGGGUAGUUCAGAAAAGCAGAAAAGGAACAAAGUGACCAAUGCAAUGUCUGACACUUUUUCCAAUACCAAAGAUGAUGAUGAUGAUGAUGGAAUAAUGUUGAUGUCCUCACUGGGAAGGAAGACCAAGAAUAGUAUUGACAGGAUAGACACGGAGCGCAGUGCUGAGAAACUGGAACAUCAACGACGAGAAAAGAUAAAUCAACUCCGGCGUAAGCAUCGCAUUCAUGUGGAUGGAACAGAUGUUCCUGAACCUGUUGCAACCUUUGAACAGCUCUUACAGGAGUAUAACGUGCACCCAAAAAUUAUUCAGAACAUACAGAAAGCUGGUUUCCAAUCACCCACCCCCAUACAGAUGCAAGCCAUUCCUGUAAUGCUACAUAAUCGUGAAAUCCUGGCCUGUGCCCCAACUGGAUCGGGAAAGACAUUGGCCUUUUGCAUUCCACUUUUGACUUGUCUAAAACAACCAAUGAACAAGGGUUUCAGGGCCCUGAUACUGUCUCCUACUCGUGAGCUUGCCAGCCAGACUCAUCGGGAGCUAGUAAAGCUCUCUGAAGGUAUUGGAUUCAGAAUUCACAUGAUCAACAAAGCAGCUGAGGCUGCCAAAAAGUUUGGUCCCAAGACGUCAAAUAAAUUUGAUAUUUUGGUGACUACUCCAAAUAGACUGAUUUAUUUGUUAAAUCAGGAUCCUCCCGCUCUGGACCUCAGCAGGGUGGAGUGGCUGGUUGUUGAUGAAUCUGAUAAGUUAUUUGAAGAUGGCAAAUCUGGAUUCCGAGAUCAGCUCGCCGCUAUCUUCUUGGCAUGUACAUCUCACAGUGUCCGGCGAGCCAUGUUUAGUGCCACAUUUGCAUUUGAUGUUGAGCAGUGGUGCAAACUGAACUUGGACAACGUGAUAUCUGUGUCGAUUGGUACAAGGAAUACCGCUGUGGAGACAGUGGAGCAAGAGUUACUUUUUGUGGGUACGGAAACUGGAAAACUAGUAGCGAUGAGAGAUCUGGUUAAAAAGGGGUUUUCACCUCCAGUGCUAGUUUUCGUUCAGUCUAUUGAAAGAGCAAAAGAACUCUUUCAUGAGUUGAUCUACGAGGGCAUUAACGUUGAGGUUAUCCAUGCAGAAAGAACACAACAGCAGAGAGAUAAUGUAGUAUGCAGCUUCAGAGCCGGAAAAAUUUGGGUCCUCAUUUGUACAGCGCUCCUGGCUCGUGGUAUUGAUUUUAAAGGAGUGAAUCUAGUCAUUAAUUACGACUUUCCAACUACUGCUGUGGAGUACAUUCAUAGAAUUGGACGGACUGGAAGAGCUGGUCAUCGAGGAAAGUCUAUUACAUUUUUCACAGAAGAUGAUAAGCCACUUUUACGGAGUAUAGCAAACGUUAUCAAACAAGCUGGUUGCCCUGUACCAGACUAUAUGAUGCAAAUAAACAAACUGAAAAGUAAACAAAAGAAAAGGUUGAUCAAAAAUCCAAUCAAACGAGCAGAUAUCAAGACCACACCAAAGUACUUUAUUGAAAAGGCUGCCAGGACGAAAAAAAUGAUACAGAAGAGCAAGAAAAAAGGGAAAUCCCAUGCACGUGUGCCGGCUGCCAAGGCUGAACAGGUUACCACUGAAAGCUAAUGAAGUGCUGCUGGAAGUGUUCAAGAUUGUCUCCUGCAGUUGAGAUGCAGAGCAUCUGAUAGCCCCUUGUACAUCAGAGACUGAUGCUGAACAUUACUAUUGUUUACACUUGCAUUUUUUAAAAUGCUUAUCUGAAUUUUUUUUAAAUUAAGUCUUUAGAAGCAGUGUUUUUGGUGUGAUACUUCAGCUGUGAUCUUUUUAUAUUGUAUGUUUAUGCCUUUAGAAAUAUUCUGUACCUACAUACAGUUGUAUCUUUUGAGGGUGUGAUCUUCACAUACACAGAAUAUGGUCAUUUCUACCUGAAACAGCAUGUUGGCAUUUGAAUACUUCAAAUUGUCUUUCAGAAGGACUGUUUUUGUAUGGAAGUUAUGCUUCAAGCAGAUAUAGUUAGUUAUGACAGUGGAAAUAAAUAUCACUGACAUAAUUUAAAAUAAAUUAAUUUGAGAUUUAAUUUUCAAUUUUUAAAAAAAUCAUGAUUUGUAUAACUACGUCUAGUGU